AUGUGGUACAAGCGAUCUUUUGAUAGAGUCCCAAAAGGAUUGAAACCGUUGCCUGAACCUCCUGGUAAAAAGUUAAUUAUAGGUCAUCUCAAGGCUAUAGGUCUUGAACCUCAUAGAAGAUUUAAAGAAUGGAGAGAACAUGUUGGAGAUAUUUUUAUGGUCCAAAUGGGCCAAGAAAGAUGGAUUAUACUGAAUAACAUGCAAUUAGUCAACGAUUUAUUACAAAAACGCGAUUGGGAAAUAAUUCAGAGGAAAAGAUUAUAUGCUGGAUCACCAAAUAAUGAAUGGUUCCGUAAAAUAACGCCAUUAGUUCACGGAGCAUUGAACAAUCGCAGAAUCAAUUCAUACACCAAUUUAAUAAAUGAAUGCACUCUCGAAUUGCUUCAAAUUUUUCACCGAGAUGGUCAAACCUUACAAGGACUCCGCCCGCAAUCAUACCUGAGCUACACGAAUUUAAAUAUAAUGCUAAACGUAAUAUUUGCCAUAAAAGCAAAAGGCAUUGACGACCCGCUUUAUAAACUUUUGAUAGAUCUAUCAAAACGGGCAUUUGAAUUUGGCACCAUGAAGCAUCGAAUCUUUAAUUUCUUUCCUAUUUUGCGAUGGGUGUUAAGUCGACGUACGACACUCAAAAAUGCGAUACAGUUACGUGAUGAUUGGGAAACUACUGUUGAAGGUUUAUUGACGCAGGUAAAGAAUGAUAGGGAUGAGAAACCAUGUGUCGCUAGAGACUUGUUGAAGAAAUUGCAAGAAGGUAGAUGUGAUGAAUUUGACGUCAUACAUUUAUCUAUUGGAUUAAUUAAUGCUGGAACUGAAACUACCUCGACAGCUUUAAAUUGGGUUAUAGCUUUAUUAGCCAAAUAUCCGGAAUAUCAAGCUCGUGCUCAUGAAGAACUUGAUCGUGUGAUUGGAAAAACACGACUUCCCAUAAAAGAAGACGAACCUUCUCUGGAUUUCAUUCGUUCUUUCAUUAAAGAAUCAAUGAGAUGGGCUGCACCUCUUAACUUCGGUGUUCCACAUUACAUUGAAGAAGACGACGAGUACAUGGAAUAUCAUAUUCCAAAGAAUAGCUUAGUAGUUUUGGCAAAUUAUUCUAUACACACGGAUGAAACAAGAUACAAGAAUGCAAAUACUUUUGAUCCUACUAGAUUUUUGGGUAUAAAAGAGAGUUCGGCAGUUUUAGCACAAGGAAAAGUAGAAUUGAGGGAUCACUUUGCAUUUGGUGCUGGUAGAAGGUUAUGUUCUGGCAUUCAUUUGGCCGAAGCUGAGCUUUUUUUGGUUACUUCGCGUAUUCUGUGGGCUUUUCGAAUCGAACCAGGGCUACAAUCCGAUGGCGUUACUCCUACAACCAUUGAUUUAUUCAAGUAUACAAACAAAUUUACAGUUUGUCUUGAUCCGUAUAAUGUUCGAUUUGUGCCUAGACAUGAGAAUGUGGAUUCAAUAAUUUAUCAGGAAAAUUCAAAUUAA